AUGAAUCUACAAAAUUUCGGUCCUCGAGAAUUACAAAAUGGUACGUUGGAUCGAAUGUUGGAACAAGUCGGAAUAGAUGACGUAUCAAGUUUUGUUAAUAAAUUUCGAAAUACUGUGGAAAAGGACGUUGAUCAGAAACAACAACAAGAUGAAGAUAUGACAGUUCGAAAUGCUGGACCGGGCCAAAAGUCUGGACCUGAUUGGAUGUCAAUGGGGACGUCACUCUUUAAACAAUUUGCUGGAGGAAAAGGGCAACAACAGCAAAGUAGUGGAAGUAGUGGAGGUGCUGCAGAUUAUCUUGAAAGUGCGCAAAAAGCAUACAAUAUGUUUUCUGGUAAAGGUGGAUCAAGUGGUAGUUCAAGCGGAGGUGGUUUAUUGGAUAGCAUCGGUGAUACAUACAAGAAUGUGCAACAGAUGCAUCAGUUGUAUAAAUCAUUCGAUAAAAAUGGCGAUGGUAAAGUGACGGCUGAAGAUUUACAGAUGAUUUUAACACAAAUAGGCUUGGGCUCUGUUUCUCCCUAUUUGGCUAAGGGUCUUUUUAAAGCGGUUGAUACAAAUCACAAUGGCGAACUUGAUUUUACUGAUUUGAUGGCAUUGACUUCUAUUUUACAAAAGCUUAGCGGUCAAUUUGGUGGUGGUGGUCGUGGUGCUGCUGCUGCUGGUGGUGGUGAUGAAGAUUUAGCUGAAGAAUGA